GAAGGGAAAGCGCCGGCUGCGCCCGUGCGCCCAGGAGCUGCGGGAGCCGCGCGCGCCCACCUGAGCCCGCCCGCGCCCACCUGAGCCCGUGAGCCGGCGCCAUGGCGGAGCAGGAGAGCCUCGAGUUCGGCAAGGCGGACUUCGUGCUGAUGGACACCGUCUCCAUGCCCGAGUUCAUGGCCAACCUCAGGCUCAGAUUCGAGAAGGGGCGCAUCUACACCUUCAUCGGAGAAGUUGUGGUCUCGGUGAACCCUUACAAGCUGCUCAACAUCUACGGGCGGGACACCAUCGAGCAGUACAAAGGGCGCGAGCUGUACGAGCGGCCGCCGCACCUCUUCGCCAUCGCGGACGCUGCGUACAAGGCGAUGAAGAGGCGAGCGAAAGACACCUGCAUUGUGAUAUCAGGGGAGAGUGGAGCUGGCAAAACGGAAGCCAGCAAGUACAUCAUGCAGUAUAUAGCAGCCAUCACCAAUCCCAGCCAGCGGGCAGAAGUGGAAAGAGUGAAGAAUAUGUUGCUGAAGUCCAAUUGUGUUUUGGAAGCUUUUGGAAAUGCCAAAACCAAUCGUAAUGACAACUCAAGCAGGUUUGGAAAAUAUAUGGAUAUCAACUUUGACUUCAAAGGAGACCCUAUUGGUGGACAUAUCAAUAACUACUUACUGGAAAAGUCCCGAGUGAUUGUACAACAGCCAGGAGAAAGAAGCUUCCAUUCUUUCUAUCAGCUUCUGCAAGGAGGUUCUGAACAGACACUGCGCUCUCUACAUCUCCAGAAAUCCCUUUCAUCCUACAACUAUAUCCACGCAGGAGCUCAGCUAAAGCGAUUUGUUUAUAAUUCAUCUAUCAAUGACGCUGCAGAAUUCAAAGUUGUAGCCGAUGCCAUGAAAGUGAUUGGCUUCAAGCCCGAGGAGAUUCAGACGGUGUAUAAAAUCCUGGCUGCUAUUCUUCACUUGGGAAAUUUAAAAUUUGUAGUGGAUGGAGACACGCCUCUGAUUGAGAACAGCAAGGUUGUGUCUGUCAUAGCAGAGCUGCUCUCCACGAAGACGGACAUGGUGGAAAAAGCCCUCCUCUACCGCACGGUGGCCACAGGCCGAGACAUCAUCGACAAGCAGCACACGGAGCAGGAAGCCAGCUACGGCAGAGACGCCUUUGCCAAGGCAAUCUACGAGCGCCUAUUUUGCUGGAUUGUUACUCGCAUCAAUGAUGUUAUUGAAGUCAAGAACUACGACACCACAGUCCAUGGAAAAAACACUGUUAUCGGCGUCUUGGACAUCUAUGGCUUUGAAAUCUUUGACAACAACAGCUUUGAACAGUUCUGCAUCAAUUACUGCAAUGAGAAACUCCAGCAGCUGUUCAUUCAGCUGGUCCUGAAGCAGGAGCAAGAGGAGUACCAGCGGGAAGGGAUCCCCUGGAAGCAUAUUGAUUACUUCAACAAUCAGAUCAUCGUGGACCUCGUGGAGCAGCAGCACAAAGGGAUCAUCGCCAUCCUAGAUGACGCUUGCAUGAAUGUCGGCAAAGUCACAGACGAGAUGUUUCUGGAAGCACUCAACAGCAAGUUGGGCAGGCACGGGCAUUUUUCCAGCAGAAAGCUCUGUGCCUCGGACAAACUCCUGGAAUUUGAUCGAGAUUUUAGAAUAAAACAUUAUGCAGGCGAUGUUGUCUAUUCUGUCAUUGGUUUUAUUGACAAAAAUAAAGACACUUUGUUUCAAGAUUUCAAGCGUCUCAUGUAUAACAGUUCAAAUCCAGUGCUGAAGAAUAUGUGGCCUGAAGGCAAGCUGAGCAUCACAGAAGUGACCAAGCGACCUCUGACUGCUGCCACCUUGUUCAAGAACUCUAUGAUCGCUCUGGUGGACAACCUUGCUUCAAAGGAGCCCUACUACGUGCGCUGCAUCAAACCCAAUGACAAGAAGUCCCCGCAGAUAUUUGAUGAUGAGCGCUGCCGGCACCAGGUGGAGUACCUGGGGCUCCUGGAGAACGUGCGCGUGCGCCGGGCGGGCUUUGCCUUCCGCCAGACCUACGAGAAGUUCCUUCACAGAUACAAGAUGAUCUCUGAAUUCACCUGGCCUAACCAUGAUCUUCCUUCAGACAAGGAAGCUGUCAAGAAACUCAUUGAGCAGUGUGGUUUUCAGGAUGAUGUAGCUUAUGGGAAGACCAAAAUCUUCAUUCGCACACCCCGGACACUGUUCACCCUGGAAGAACUGCGUUCCCAGAUGCUUGUAAGGAUCGUCCUGUUUCUGCAGAAGGUAUGGCGGGGCACCCUGGCCCGCAUGCGGUACAAGAAGACCAAGGCAGCCCUUACAAUAAUCAGGUACUAUCGGCGUUACAAAGUCAAGUCGUAUAUCCACGAGGUGGCCAGCCGUUUCCAGGGCGUCCAGACUAUGAGAGAUUACGGAAAGCACGUGAAGUGGCCCACCCCUCCGAAGGUUCUUCGCCGAUUCGAGGAGUGUCUGCAGGCGAUUUUCAACAGGUGGAGAGCAGCCCAGCUUAUCAAGAGUCUACCUGCUUCAGACCUGCCACAGGUCCGGGCAAAGGUUGCAGCCAUGGAGAUGUUGAAGGGCCAGAGGGCUGACCUUGGCCUCCAGAGGGCCUGGGAGGGCAACUAUCUGGCUUCGAAGCCAGAUACACCUCAGAUGUCAGGCACUUUCGUCCCUGUUGCCAAUGAACUGAAACGGAAAGACAAAUACAUGAAUGUCCUCUUUUCCUGUCACGUCCGGAAGGUGAAUCGAUUUAGUAAAGUGGAAGACCGAGCCAUUUUUGUCACUGACCGUCACUUGUAUAAAAUGGACCCCACGAAGCAGUACAAGGUGAUGAAAACGAUCCCACUGUACAAUUUGACUGGUCUGAGUGUCUCCAAUGGAAAGGACGAACUUGUUGUGUUCCAUACAAAAGACAACAAAGACCUCAUUGUCUGCCUCUUCAGCAAACAGCCAACCCAGGAGAAUCGAAUUGGAGAACUUGUUGGAGUCUUGGUGAAUCAUUUCAAGAGUGAGAAGCGCCACCUUCAAGUGAACGUCACAAACCCGGUACAGUGCAGCCUGCACGGGAAGAAGUGCACCGUGUCUGUGGAGACGCGGCUCAACCAGCCCGAGCCCGACUUCACCAAGAACCGUUCGGGUUUCAUCCUCAGUGUGCCCGGCAACUAACCGCUUCAGCCAGCCGAAGCCUGGCCUGGGAGAGCACGGCCGGCCACCCCAGGAGCAGGCGGCCAUGCUCGGCACCCUGGGUCCCUGUCUAAUUGCUACCUCCCCGCUAAUGCCUGCUAGAAAUCAGCUUGCGAGGGUCCACGCCGGAGGCAGGGGCCUCCUCCGCCCAUCAGGACUUGCAGCUUUCUGCUUUUGGUCUUGUCUUCCCGUCUCCACUUUGCACAACAACCUCUCAGUACACUAAAGACCCCAGUGCCCUGCUGCAGGCCACGGCUCCCCCUUGGAGGCAGCUGCUGGCGGGAAGGUGGCCCACGCCCAGCCGGGUCACAUCAGCACGCCUGGGCCAAGGGUGGCUCAGGACACGGCGAGCAGCUCUCCCCUCUCCCCUUGAGCUCCACCUGCCAUCCCUCCUUUCCCAAGGUGAUCACCAAAUUCCUACUCGGGGGCGCGCUUCCCAGAGCUCCUCCACUGCACCCCAGCUGCCAGUGGACACCCCUGGGAUGUGUGUCCACUUGCAGAGCCCACCGAGCCUGCCCUGGGACAGGCGCCUGCCACCAGGAUCCUGUCUGGGGAGAGGAGCCA